GUUGCAAGUCCCACCAUCGAUCUCCUCCCGCUCCCGUCGCGAAGGAAAAAGCACCAAGCACCAAACCCUAAUCGCCUUCCUUCCUCCCCCGCUGCCAUGUCAUCUCCUCGUUCCCGGCGUGGUAUCUUGACCACAAUCCCGGUCUCCGACGAUGGGACCUUCGGCUACUCCGUCCCGUCCCCGGCCCAUUGCUCCAGUGCAGCAGCUACACUGCGUCCGUUUUGGGGGACAGAGCACAAGCCUGCUCCAUUGGUGCUGCCGCAAGGGCAAACAAUUCGUGAGUCCAUUGCCCGCUCCUUGAAGCAAGAGCAAGAGAGUAAGUUUUCGAAUUUGUCCGUGCUUCCCAGUUGCCUCCCAGGGGCGCGAAAUUUUUCGACUCUUGGGCUGCCUCUUCUGUACCAGCAACCAGAUCACUGGGGAAUUAGAUUUUACACCCGAAUUGAUCUCAAGGGAUCUUUCCACACAUAUCCUCAUGUGGGUGGACCAUUUGAGAGCUUAACUGAAGUUAACAGUGCUAUUGAGCUCUACCUUAGGGGCCGCCAGGAGGAGCAAAUGUUUGUGGGAUUAUCUGGAGUGGAGCUUGCUGUACAAAAGUGCCUUUACUGGCCUGAUGGCAGAAGGAAAAAGCAUUUGGCGUCCCAACCAAUUGAUACAACCCGUGAUUUUAACCGCCAGCUGGUUGAAGCUCUGGUGGACAAGUAUAAUGAGGAUCACAACCUUUUGGGGGAUCUUGCAUAUGAAUUCAAAGAUAUUAUGUGCUGCCAAUCAAUUAGAGAUAGUAGGUUUUACGAACAUAUCAAUUUCACUGCGAAGGUUAAGGGAGCUGAUGAUUUGAACUGCUGCACUGACAAAAUAUUCUUUGCUGAAGUCAUGUAUAAUCAAUCAUCCAGUGAAUUGUUUGUCAUCUGUUUAUGUGUGCUACUGCUAAUGGUUACUGUUAUGGUUGUCACUGUAAUGGAAGUCCUGACAUGAAGCACCCAAGUUCUGGUUACAUGGCUGGCCACACAAGUAACGUGUCUGGUAGAUCUUCUAAGAUAAACUGCGGAAAGUUUGAUGAUGAGGACAAUGAGGACGAGCUGGAAGCUCAGAAGGCUAGGUUACGAUGGAUGUUUGGGGGCUCAUCUGAGCUGAAGCAAAUCAAGGACCCACAAGGGGCAGAGCGAUGAAGAAGAGCAGCUGAGCCAGCAGUGCAGGUAAUGCCAUAUACUCCUAUAUCUGUGCGACCUAGUAUAAUUUAUAGUACCACCAUGUUUUUUUAUCGGAUGUCACGGCAAAGGGACUAGCAACAUGAUGUUGAUUAUACUUGAUUAUUCCCUGCUUGCUUAUCUAUUUUCUCUGGGAGUUUCCUAGAAAGAGGGCCCGUAACAUGUAGAGCCAAUGGGAGGUCUGUACUCAGAGGCCAAGGAGGGUGGCUGGAGUGGAAGAUACUUGAACAUGGGGUAGUUACGAGGCCACUGGAUUAAAAUUUUGCUGUGGAGGGUUUGUGUAUUGCACUGCCAGCAGCCCUUGUCGAAAUGUUAAGACCAAGUACCAUGUAAUUUCCUGUUGUUAUUUCCUGCUUCCAAAGAUUAAGAAUAUUUGUAGGAGGCUAUGCCUAAGUACUUCUUGCAUGUUUAUAUGAU